UACUGCCGCCGCUGCGCUCCGGGCGCCGCUCCUCCCGGCCCGCAAGUGCUGAGCCUCCUCGGUCGCCGCUUCGCGGAGCUGCACGCCGCCGUGGCCGGUCUCCCCGUGGCGAGCUCCAGGGUCCUGCCCGGCCUUAUCCUCCGCAGGGACUUUGCGGCCUACUACCCGGUGAAGGGGGACUUACGGGCCCUGCUUGUCACCGAGCCCCUUCGGCCCGCCCUCGCUGCCUCCGGCGUCGAGUUUGUUGUCGCCUCCGAGGGUCAGUACCAGGCCUCCCUGCACUGGAUCGAAAAGAGGACAGAAGCCUUAAUGAAACACUUUCAGAGCAACAACAUCAAGUUGUUGCUGUCGAGCGUGAAGCAAGAGGAAGUGGUUAUCUCCUAUGCAAAACUAUACGGUGUAUCAGUGGUAGAGUGCUUAUCGUCAGAGGAAAUAGCCCUUAUCUGUGAAAUCACAGGAGUCUCGCCUUACACACCUUUUGGUGGCAACGUGCACGGAGAAAUCACUGAAACCGCAGUGGCAACCUUUUGCCAGCCCUUGCUGCUGGGCUCAAAGAGAUGUGUUCACAUUGGCUUCGCCAGCCUGGGCACCUUUCAGCCCCAUUGCCUAAUUCUUUGCGGGCCAGUGGAUGGUGUUAACAAGCAGCAUGCUGCUGCUUUACAAGGGGCGUUUACAAUGCUGCAGCAGCUCUUUAAAUCAGUUGAUCAGAGGGAGGAGUGUAAAGCAGAAGGUGAAAGCCAGAAUGAAGCAGCAGAUGUUUGCAGUUGGCAUUCUUCGGCUACUCAAAAGCAACUCAUGAUAGAAAAUAAUUCUUGUAACAGUAAUCAGGUUUCUGAACAGCAGCUGAAAGCACAUAGGGGUGAAACAGAGACACAAACUGUAGGUCCUGAUUUGCAGGGAAGUGAAAAUCCAGCAGGUGUGCAAACGGACUUGCAAAUACCAUCAAAUCCCAUCUCGCACAUCAAAGAGUUCAGUGUUGUCGCUGAAGGGGAUGGCUCUUCAAGAGAUGUACAGAAACAGCAUGCAAAAUGCCAGCAUCCAGGUGACAUGCAUGAGAAUUAUAAAAGUGAUUCACUUGUGGACAGUGAAAAGGACUACAGCACUGCUGUAUCAGCAGCUCAUGUAGUCAGUGCCUGUGAACGCCUAGAUGUUGGCAAAGAUCUGGAGAAAACAAAUUGCAAUAUAGCUCCAUUUAGACACGAAAAGAGUUGUGUAAGCAUUGCGCAGAAUUAUUCCAGCUCCCUCAUAGAAGCAGGGUCAGUUUUGCCAGCGGGAGGUUACUUUGAGGUCCUGUUACAUUAUUAUAUUCUGUACUACGCAAAACAGCUUCAGCAGUCAGAGGUAACUGCCAUAGCUCAUGUAGUUGCUGAUGCUUUGCUAAGUAUUCCCAGGUCCUUGUACAGGACAACGGAACGCAACGGCUUUGCCAAAUUCUAUCUUGAAGUCACAAAUGCACUCAGAAAAAAUCAGCCACUGCCUGUGACCGAGAAAGGCUUAGAGUCUGUGUAUUGCAAAUACCAGUUGGUCAUUUCAGUGCUUCAUUGUGUUACAGAGCUGCUCUCCAUAGAUCUGAUACUUGGUGUUAGGCAGCCGCUGCAAAAAACUGAGGCUUAUGACUCAGAAGAUGACUUCUGA